AUGACACAGAAACAACUUAACAUGAAUCCUCAAAUCCCAGCUAUUCUUAACGCUAUCAAAAACAAUAACGAUUCAAUGCUUGCACUUGCACGUGCUGUCCUUUCAUGUCCAUCUGUAGAAUCUUCCAGCUCCGUAUCAAGAGCGUUUUCUUCUGGGCUGUUCGACGGCAUGCUCUUGACACGGUCUUACAAACGCAAAGUCGACUCACAGACGAAGUUUGUAAUGGAGGAGCUGACCAGUCUGUGCCACGACGUUGUCAGGGAGCACCAAUUGGAUAUCGCGCGCAGCGACGAAGUCAAUAUCAGGGACAACAUAUGGGGACGAUCUGGGAUAAUGGUCGAUGGUAUUCUCAGCAAACCUGAUAUUGAUUUGCUUAGAACAAGCUGGUCAGCGAUACCAGAGACGACCUUGAAGGCGCAACAAGAUUUAUAG